AUGCCUCAGAACGAGUAUAUGGAACGGUGGCGCAAGCUGCACGGCCGCCGUCUCGACCACGAAGAACGAACCCGCAAGCGCAUCGCCCGUGAAGGCCACAAGGCCUCGCAAGACGCCCAGAACCUGCGCGGCCUGCGAGCCAAGCUGUACCAGAAGAAGCGUCACAAUGAGAAGAUCCAGAUGAAGAAGGCCAUCAAGGCGCACGAGGAGCGCAACGUCAAGACGGCCGACGAGAAGGAGCCGUCGCAGCCUCUGCCCUCGUACCUGCUCGACCGAUCCAACCCGUCGACGGCAAAGGCCCUCAGCAGCGCCAUCAAGAACAAGCGCGCGGAGAAGGCGGCCAAGUUCAGCGUGCCCCUGCCCAAGGUGCGCGGCAUCAGCGAGGAGGAGAUGUUCAAGGUGGUCAAGACGGGCAAGAAGACGCACAAGCGGGCGUGGAAGCGCGUCAUCACGAAGCCGACGUUUGUGGGACCCGAUUUCACGCGGCGAAACCCCAAAUACGAGCGCUUCAUCCGCCCCAUGGGUCUGCGUUACAAAAAGGCAAACGUCACGCACCCGGAGCUGGGCGUCACCGUGCAGCUGCCCAUCAUCAGCGUCAAGAAGAACCCGCAGAACCCGCUGUACACGCAGCUGGGCGUCUUGACCAAGGGUACCAUCCUCGAGGUCAACGUCAGCGAGCUGGGGUUGGUGACUGCGGGAGGAAAGGUCGUUUGGGGCCGAUAUGCGCAGGUCACCAACGAGCCCGAGAACGAGGGAUGUGUGAACAGCGUGCUGUUGGUGUGA